AUGAGCGAGUACGCCUCCGCCGACCACGCGCAGGAGGUGACACGCGACCUCUCCGCGCGGCAGGAGGAGAGCGCGCAGCGCGUCCGGCAAGAGCGAAUCGGCGCGGCGUGCCUGAAGCGCACGCGUGCAUUCGGGAAGCUCAUUCUCUUCGGCGAGCACUUUGUGGUGUACAAAGCGCCCGCGCUGGUCGGCGCAGUCGCCGCGUACACGGAUUGCGACGUCGAGUUCACCGGCGCGCCGGGCAUCGAGGUGGUUGAUCUGCGGCCGGCGGUGCCGGGCUACAAGGUUGAGAAGGCCGCCGAGGGAGAGGAGGCGGUCAAGAUUGUGCUGUCGCACCUCGGCGUCGACACGGAGAAGCGCGGCGCGAAGAUCACCUUUGGAGGAAGCCUCACCGCCGUCUCUGGCAUCGGCGCGUCGGCGGCGCAGGUGGUGUCACUCGCCCGCGCGCUCAGUGCGGCGCUGCCGCGCACGCUGAGCGAGGAGGAGGUCAACGCCGCAGGGUACGAGGGCGAGAAGGGGUACCACGGCACGCCGUCGGGGGUGGACAACACGGCGGCCACGUACGGCGGCGUGCUGCGCUUCCAGCGUACGGACGGCGCGCCGCUCUUCACGAUGAAGAAGCUCGCCGGCCCGAUCCGCAUCGUGUACGCCUCCACGGGCAUCACCGCCUCGACGACCAAGGUGGUUGGCGACGUCAAGGCCAAGAAGGAGGCGGACGAGGCGUGGUUCGGCAGCCUGCUUGCGAGGUACACGGCGCUCGCGGCAGAGGGCGAGGCGGCGCUGGACGCGGGCGACAUGGCGGCGCUCGGCAGGCUGCUCGACGAGAACCACGCGCUGUGCCAAGAGCUGACGGUGAGCUGCAAGGAGCUCGACGACCUCGUGGUUGCGGCGCGCGGCGCGGGGGCGGUUGGCGCCAAGAUGAGCGGCACCGGCCGCGGCGGGCUGAUGCUCGCCCUCACGCCGACGGCCGAGUCGCAGGCGGCGGUGGCCAAGGCGCUGGAGAAGCUUGCGCCGCAGGUGUGGAUGACCACCUUUGCAUGAGAGCAGUCCAUGAGACGGCAUGUGUCAUGACCACUGCGCAUGGGGGCUGGCAAGCUUGGACCGCCCUCGCUGGCGCGAAAUCUGCGAAGGAGACACUCCUCAAAACGGUCUGCGGAUAUACUUAUAUAGCCAACCCCAUACAUCGUACACAUGCAUGCCCCUGUCCGGUCUGUCAUGACUCAUGUUACGGCUUUCAUAAAAAACUAAAAAAGAAAAA